AUGGAAAAAAAAAAAAAGGCCAAAAAUAAUGUUUCAAAUAAAAGUUCAGAUAAAAGCAAAUUGAUAAAUAUAGAUGAUAAAUUAAAUAGACAAUUUAUAAAAACAUCAGAAUCAGAAAUAAACAAGGAAACAGUAUAUUUUGAUCCAAAUGUGAAUAACAGUAAUAAUAAUAAAAUUAAUUUACCUAUGAAAGAUUUAGAAGAAGAAAUAAAGAGAAGAAAGACAAAAAAAGAAAUAAAAAAAUAUAUAUGCACAAAAGAAAGCAAAAGCAAUAUAAAAAAUUUAGAUCAUUUAAAUAAUCCUAUAAAUGAAAAUAGAAAAAAAGAGAAUGAAAGUAAAAAUAUUUUUAAUAAAACUAAAAUAUAUAAUCUAAAUGAUACACAAAUAGACAAUAUAGAGUGUAAUAGUAAAAACUAUGCAGAAGACAAUAAAGAUACUACAGUUUACAAUAUUGAUGAUAAAGAUAAUUUUUUUUCUCUUUCUAAUAAAUAUAAGUUAAUAAAUAUAAAAAGUAAUGAGAUAUUUAAAAGAAAUAUGCCUAUUAAAGAUGAAGAUUUCCAUUAUGAAGGUACAUUCUUCAUAGAACAAAAGAAAAAAGAUUGCAAUUUAAAAGAAUUCAAUAAAAGUAUACAAUUUUUAGAAGAUAUUGAAGCAUUUAAAGAGAAAAAGAAAAAAAUGGAUAAAACCACUUUAAAUAUAGGAAAAUCAAAUGAGAAAAAUUCAAAAGAAACUAAUGAAAAUUUAUAUGAUGAAAAAAAAAAAGAGAAAUUAUCCAAUAUAGAAGAAAAAGAAACAUUUUCAUAUAAAUUAAAAAAAAAAAAAAAAAUCGAGAAAUACAACAUCAGUAAUGAGGAAAAAGAAAGGUAUAUGAAGAAUUAUAUGCUUAAAUUAGAAGAACAAUAUAAGCAAAAAAAAGAAGAUGAUUUAAAAAAAGAUAUAAAUGAAAAUAAAGAAGAAAUAAAGAAAUUUCAAGAAAAAGAAAAUACAUUUCUUAAUUUUUUGAAAAAUCCUAGAUUAAAUUUAUCAAAAAACGAAGAUAUAAAUGAUUAUUUAUCUAUAUAUCCACAAACUAUACAUUUCACAGAUAUAACAAAAGGGAUGAUAUUAAUACAAGAUUUAGUAAUUACUAACAAAAGUAAAAUUUUAUUACAUGUUAUAAUUAUACCACCUUUAACAAAAUACUUUUUUGUUAAAGAAAUAAUUAAUAUAUAUAACAAAAAUGAAGAAAACUCUAAAAUAAAUUUAAAUAAUCAAAUAGCACCAGGACACACAUUAAAAAUUAAAAUAUGCUAUAAUGUUUUUACUUUGAACCAACAAAGUGAUCAUAUAAAAUUAUUAACAGAAGCAGGAAAUAAAAUUAUAAAUAUAAAAGCAUUUCAAUCUAUACCAAAAAUUAAAUUUGACAAAAUUUUAAAUUUCGGGGCAAUUAGACCUAAUGAAAAAAAAAAAAAAUUAUUUUCAAUUAAAAAUGAUGGAAAGGAUAUAAAUAUAUUGAUACUUCCUAAAAAGUUAUAUAAAUUGUACGAAUCAAAAAAAAACGUUGAAACAGAAGAAAAUAUUUUAAAUUUGUUGAUAAAAAAAUCAGAAGAAAAAAAUGAAAUAAUGAAAAUAAAUGAAAAUGAAGAUACUUAUUAUAUGUAUAAUAAUGUAAAAAGCUAUUCCUAUAAUUUUUUGUUUUUAUAUAAAAAGUUAGUUAAUAAUUUUGAUGAUUUAUACUUUGAAAACGUAUUACAAGAUUUCUAUUAUUUUAAUCUGAAAAAUUCAGAAGAAAGAACAAUUACCUUUUUUUUUAAAAGUAAUAAAAUAGGGACAUAUGAAAAAGAUUAUUUUAUCAUAACAGACAAUGAAUGUAAUUUCGAUGAAUUAGAUGAGAAAAGAAAAUAUGAUUUUAUUAAUUUUAAUAAAUUAAAUAUUUUUCAAUUUUCUAUUAAAGUUAUUGUGGAACCCCUAUUAUUAAAUUUGCUAUUUUUCAAUAAAAGAAUAGCAAAGGAUUCUUAUAAGAAGAAUUUAUCAGAAUAUAUUCAAAAUAAUAACAAUGAUAAUUUAAAUUAUUUUUUCUACAGUAAUUCUUUAAAUUCAUUUAAAUUUUCUGAUAUUCAACUUUGUAGUGCAUACAAUUGGUUAGAAAUAGAAAUUUUAAAUAAUGGAUUAAUAGAUUUAAAAAUAUCAUGUAACAUUUAUAUAAAAGAAAAUGAAGAAAUUCAAUCAAAACCUUUUACAUUAGAUAUACAAAACAAAGGGAAUUAUUACUAUGAUGAACUUUUUGACACUACUCUAACAUAUUCUUUAUAUGAUAUUUCUUCAGAGGAUAUAUAUAGAAUAAAAGAAGAAAAAAGGAAAAAAGAAAAAAAGAAAGACAAGAAACUAUGCCCAAUAUAUAUAUAUCCGAAAAGUUUUAUUUUACAAUAUAAAAAAAAGCAAAAAAUAUUCAUUGUUUUUAAACCACUUAAAGAACAUAAAAAUUUUAAAAAUUAUUAUUUUGUUUUAGCAGUAAAAAAUUUAACUAAAGGAUCAGAUAUAAAUAUUAAAGAUUUAUUAGAAAUACAUAAAAACAAUCAAGAAAGUGAUGGGGUUCCAUUAGUAUGUAUUAAUGAAAAAAAAUUUAUAAAAAAUAAAAAAUUAAAUAAAAGAUUUGGAAAUAAUAUUUCUAAAUAUGAAGAUACAUCGUCAUCAUCCAAUACAAAAUAUUCUUGUUCAAGCUAUUCCGAAUUAAAUGAAGAAACUAUAAUAAAAAAACAAAAUAAAAAAAAAAGUUACUUUUAUAAGAAAAAUAAGAAAUUAAAAUAUAUAGCACUUUAUGUUAAUUUAUAUGCAAAUAUAAUUAAACCAAAUAUAUAUGUAAAUACAAAAAAUUUAUCAAAGUAUUUUUUUCUUAAUCCUUUGUUUUUAUAUAAAACUAGUUUUACUAUAAAAAAUCAUAGUGACUUUUACAUUAAUUAUUUUUUUGAGGAUUUAAACAAUUUAAAAGUUACUCCUACAGAUAAAAUUAUUUCAAAAAAUGAAAUUAAAAAUAAUAUAAAUAUAGAAACUGAAAAAAAAGAAAAAGAAACUUUGUGUAAAUAUGAAAAUAUAAAAGAAAAUAAACCUAAAAACAAAUAUUUAGAUGAAAAUAAUAAAGAGAUAAUAUAUGAAGAUAAGUUUAUCAAUAAUUCAAGUAAUAAAGAAAAAAAUUGUAUAUGUUAUUAUGAUUAUUUUACUAUAUUAGAUGCCCUAAAAUUAAGACAAGAAAAAAAAAAGAAAAAAAAAAAAAAUAAAAAUAAAAAUGAAAAUGGAAAUAAAAAUGAAAGUGAAAGUGAAAAUGAAAAUAAAGGUGAACUAACAAAUAAUAAAAGGAAAAAUAGUAAAAAAAGGAGAGAGGAUAAAGAAAUAAACUCAAUCAUGGGUAUAAGAAAUAAGAAUAUGAAUGAAGAAAAAAAUAAACAUAAGGAAGAUUUUCACCUGAAGAAUGUGCCUUAUUAUAAUUUAAAUAAAAAAUUAAUAAAAUAUUUCUAUGAAGAAGGGAAUAGCGAUAGUUUUAGUUUGUAUGUUUUAGUAAAAAAUUCAGUUAAUAAGAGCUCAAACGAAAAUGGAUUAAAAAAAAAAAAAAUAAAAGAUAAUGAAAAAAAAAAAAACGUUCUUAAAAUAGAAAAAGGAGAAUACUGCUUAAGGCCACACGAAAAAAAAAAAAUAACUUUAUAUUUUUUAGUAAAUAGAUAUGGUUAUCAUAAGAUAAAUGUUAAUAUGAUUUUUUACAUGGGUAACUAUAAAAUAAAGAAAAGUAUAAAAGCAAGUAUAUUAACUAAAUAUAAAGGAGUGAACAUAAGCAAAGAUACAUUUUUUUUUAAAAAUAGUUAUUCACACUAUUGCUUUUAUGAUGUUGUAAAAAUAAAUAAUCUAGAUAAAGACUUAAAACUGAUCAAUUUAGAUAGUUCUGAUAUUGCAUGUUAUGGUUUUAUAUCUUUAUAUAUUCUUUAUUUAAGUGCCUUUAAAAAUAAGAAAAAGAGAAAAAAUAUAAAAUGCACUGACAUUUUUCUUAAUUUCACAAGAAAUUUUUAUGAAAUUAUAGAAAAAGACAUGGAUGAUAAUUAUAUUAAAAAAGAAGAUAAUAUGUAUAAUUGUAAUAAAUGUAAAUGUUUUUUUAAAUAUAGUAGUUGUGUUCAUUAUUUAAAGAACUUUUUUACAAAUUAUAAUGAUAUUACCAAUUAUUUAUACUACUUUCAUAAAGAAGAAUACUUAAUUCAAAAUUUAAGUGAAUUUAAUAGUGAAAAAAAAGAAAAAUUAGACUAUACUCAAUUAAAUAAUAGUUUUAAAAAUAUUUAUAAAUAUCAUCAAAAUGAAAAUAUUUAUUUACAUAAUAAUAAAAUAGGACAUAGUAAAUAUUUUCUAAUUUAUCCUUCUAACUUACUACUAUUCCCAUUAAAAGAAACUUUUUUCUUUUUUUUUUUCUUUUUUUCUCAUGCUGAGAUUAUAAAUCUAAAUUUUAGUGUUAGGUGGUAUGAAUUUAAUAGAGAUAUCUUUAUAGAAGGAGAAAGUAAAAAUUCUAAUAUAAAAAUAACAUAUAAUAAUAAUUUAAAAGUUACAAAUGAUAGCAAUAAAGAAAAUGAAAAAAAAGAAAAGAAUUACAUUGGAGUCUGUAGUAACGUUUUUUAUUUUAACAUAGAGAAUUUAAACGACUUAACAAUUUCUUAUGAAUUUACUACAUUGGAUAAUAGUGAAUUUGAGUAUAAUUACUUUAAAAAGAGAUAUGUAAUGAUUUUUAAUUGCAAUGUAAAAUUAGAUUGUUAUUAUAAGGACUUUGAUUCAUUUAUAAACAUUAAUAACCUAAAAAAUAUAAAAUCAGAAUAUAAUUUAAAAAAGAACUAUUUUAAUGCUCAAAAUAUUGACAAUUUAAGUGAAGAAAGUAAGCAGAAUUAUAAAGUGCAUGGAUGUAUCAUUAUGAAAGACUCUAAUUUUAAUCAAAUAGAAGGUAAUCAUAUUAAAAGACAUGAAUAUAGAUUGUUACUGUUUUAUGAUGACAAUAUAACUAAAAAUAAAAAUUUUUUUAAUUUAAGAUUUGGUGUAAAAUUGAAACACUUUUAUAAUCAUGAAACGAUAAAAGUAUCGUCACAUUUUUAUCUUCAUACAUUUGAUUUUCUUCUAAUUAAUGAAAAUAAUUUAUUAUUAUCUAUUUUUUACUAUUUAAAAAAAAAAAUUCUAAAAGAAGAAAAAGAAAAUUCAUGCAAUGAAUAUGAUAAUAAACACCAAGAAAUAAAAACAGAUAAAAAAGAACAAAUGGAAUUUUUUGUUAAUGAGAUGUUAGAAGAAUUACAUUUUAUAAAAAAAAUAGAAUGCAAUGAAGAAAAAAAAGACAAUAAUACUACUAAUAUGUUGAAUGAGGAUUUUAAAAAAAUAAAAAAUUAUUUUGAUAUAGAAGAAUAUAUUUUGAUUCAAUUUCAAAAUUUCAUUUGCGAAAUAAAAAAAGAUUCAAACAAAAAGAUGCAAAUAAAAGAGCAAAGCAAAAAUAGUUCAAAACAUCAUUUGAAUGAAGAAAAAGAAUAUAUUUGUGAAAAUCAACAAGACGAAAAAGAAAAAAAUUAUUGUUACGAAGAAUUCAUUAACAAAGAGGAGUUUUACGUAAAAGAUUAUAAUAAAGAUAAAAUUAUAAAUAGUAAUAUAAAAAAUUUUAUUUGGAUACAUAAGUUGCUUGAAAAGUUAAAUAAUAAAAUUGGUUACGAUUUUAUAAAUUUUAUAAGGAAGUAUAAAUAUGAAUUAGAUUAUAGUUAUGAAAAAAAAUAUAUGAUAAGAGAAAAAGAAGAUAUAGAAAAAGAAGAAAAAGAAAAAAAAGAAAAAAGAAACAAAAAGGAUACUCUUACAAAUCUAUGUAAAAAUUAUUGUUAUGAACUAAAUAAAGAAAAUGAUAUUAUAUAUAUAAUAAUUAAUAACAAAAAUAAGUAUGAUUUAAAAUUAAAUUUAAGUUUAAAUAAUUAUAUAAAUGAUACUUUAAAUAAAAUAUUUCAUUAUUGUAUAAAUAAUUUAGUUAUAAAGAAGGAAUGGCAAGGAAUAUCAGCAUUCAUUAAUGAAUACAACAAAACACAUAAAAAUAAAAGUAUAUAUAAAAAUUUAAACAUAAACACUUUAAAUUAUCAAAGCUAUAAUAAAUUGAAACACUUAAAUUUUAUAUAUAAAGAGAAAAACAAAGAUUAUUAUUACACAUAUUUGAAUCAAAUAUUAAAAGAAAAAAAUGAUUACUGCUUAAACUUAAAAAAUAAUUUCUUUUUAGAUUUUUUUAUUUUUAAAAAUGAAGUAAGUUCUAUGAAAAGUUCAUUUAUAAAACUUUCUUUACAUUCUGAUAAUAUAAAUUUAUAUAAAGACAAAAUAACGCUGAAUUUAAAUAAAAGUGAACAAAUUUGUAAAAUAUUCAUUACUUCAAAGAUAAAAUCAUUACAUUUAUUAAAUCAGUAUAAAAUAACUAAAAAUGAAGAAAAAUUUAUUUUUCUUAAUUGCCUAUAUGUAGAUUAUGAUAUCUUAAAAAACUAUGAACAAGUAAAUAAAAAUGAAAAAAAUGAAAAAAUAGAACAAAUAUGUAAAUGCUUUGAUGAAAUAUUAAAACCAUAUGAGUUUAUAAUAUAUAAUUCAUGUAAUCUAAAAAAAAUUAUUACAUGGAACUUUAGUAAAAUUUCUCAUAAUAAGAAUAAAAAAAAUUCAGAAUUAAAAAAUCAAGAAGAUACAAAAAUAGAACAAGAAAAGAAACACGAAACAAAAAAUGACGUAUAUGAAAAUGAAGAUAAAAAAAAAAUAAAUAAAACAAAUAACAUGCAUACAAAUAAAUUAUCAGACUCUUCUAAUAAUAUCAAACUUGGAGAUCAAACAUGUGAAAUUAAAAUUGAUAAUGGUGUGAAUAGUUACAUAGACAUACAAGAAAAAAAAAAAGUGAAAAUAUUUUUAGAAAAUAUAUUACAUAAAGAGGGAAAUCAUUUAUAUAAAGUUAAAUGUAAUUAUUCUUAUAUAGCUAACAAUAACUUGAAUGAUGGAAUAAAAAAUGAAAUCUUUAAUGAUUUUUUAAAUGAAGAUUUAAAAAAAUUAUUAUUUCUCGACUUUUAUUUAUCUAUUAAUAUUCAAAAACCUAAAAUAACGUUAUUAUACAAUAAUAAAAUCUAUUAUGAUAAAAAGAUCAAAUUUGAUUUCAAUUAUUUCAAUAAGAAAGCUUAUAAGAAAAUUGAUAAAAUGUACAAAAAUCAAAUUUUUAAUGAUAUAAUGUAUGAAGAUAUGAAUGAAAUAAAUGAAUAUUUUGAUCUAAUUUUUUCGAAAAAUAAAAAUUUGAAGAUAUAUUUUAUUAAUCAACAAGAUAUUCACUUUUUUGCAUAUAUAUAUACCAAAAAAUUUUUUGUAAUAAAAAAUAUUUAUAUAAAUAAUGAAGAAUUUGAUCAUUCUAAUACUCGUAUUUUUAAUAUAAAGAGCAAAUGUAGAGUAUGUAUAGAAUUAGAAAUAGACGAAUUGAAAUUUAAAAAUGAAAUAAAAAACUACCCCAAUAAUUCUUAUUCUUUGAAAAAUAAAAUAAGUAAAAAAUUUAUAUAUGAAGAUAUUUUAAUUUUUCAAUAUUUAACAUGCAAAGAGCAACAAAAGUUUUUUAUUGAAUGCCAUUAUAAUGUAUCCUUUUUAAUCAUAAAAGAAAAUAAACACAUAUUUCAGGAAUUUAACAAUUUAAAAAGGAAAAAUCAAGAAAUAGAAAGUUGUAAAGAGCUUAUUGAAAUUGAAAAUAAUCUUUCUGAUAAAAUAAAAAAAGGAAAAAUAAAAUAUAAUGAAAUUGAAGUAAAAAACAACAUAUAUUUUAUUUGUUUUCACUUCUGUGAACUAAAAAUAUAUAAAUUUUGUAUAUUUUUAUUUAAUACAACAAAAAUUCCUGCUACAUGGAAUAUAAGAGAGGAUUUUUCAAAUGAUAGUUCAUGUUCAUUAAAAAAUAUAGACAACAAAAUAUUUCACUUCAGUAAAACAAAAGACAUAUUAUUUGGGAAAACAUAUGAUAUUGAUAAUUUAAAUUCUAACAAAAAUGAAAAAAAAAAAAAUCCUUUUCUAUUUCCUGAUUAUAUAAUAAUAACAUUUAAACCAGUAAGUAAAAGUGAUAUAACUAAAAAAUAUUAUAUAAAUAUUGCUGAUAGUGAAAAGAUAUAUUUUUAUUUAAAAGGGAUUUAUCAACAAAAAAAUGAUUAA